GUGUCAUUGCGGCGGAGUGGAGCCAGCGAGGCUUCACUGAUUUUCCCGCUGACUUGCCCACUGUCGUCUUCGCCUUCGGUGCAAGAAAGUCAUCAAGUUGGUUUCAGCCUGCUGGCAUGGAUAGCCAGCUCGUUUUUCCUGCUGUGGUGCUUCCAUUUCUUGGAGGUGAAGGCCGUCCUACAGCGCCGAAACCUGCUGCUCUGGCUCAGAAGCUUCGGGGCGGUGGCAGCCGGUGUUCUGGUGAUCACCGACUCAGGGCUUUGUCGCAGGCCCACGAACUGGACAAAGCAGGCCUUCCAGGCGGGUUUGGGAUUCCACGGGGCAGCGGUGGCCGAGGCCGUGGCCGGCGUGGCCACGAGGCCGAAGACCUCCAAGUUCGCUUGCAUGGCACUGGAACAUGCCGCAGCCGCGACCAGCCUGGUGCUAGCACUGUGGGGAUACUGUUCUGAUUCCAGAGGUCUUCUGCUGGGAUUGCUUCCCGAAAUAUCAUCCGUCCCUUCCAGUCUCGUCUCGUCCCUGGGCUGUCGCAGGCGGACAGUGCUGGAGCCAGCCUUGGCUCUCGCCCUGCUUGCUCGGGUGGUGCCGGUUUUCCUUCCCACGGAGGCGACCUCCGUGCGAGUGCUCGCAGUGCUUUCCUGCGUAGCUUGGCUGUUGAGGCUCCCAAGCUUGGUCGCCGAGGCAAAGCCGGAGCAGGCACUUGCUGGUGCUGA